AAUAUUGAGCUAAAACGCUCUUACGUGUUUCCACGGUUUGACCUUGUCACCCGGAUGUUAUUUCCGCUCAGUCUGUGUGACGUCAUUGCGUGACCAAUGGCGGACGAAGCCUGAGUGUUUAUCUAGCAAACGGGUUUCGUUUUACACAAAUAUACUCAAAUACUGACCGAUAAAUCAAACUUUAAUAAUUUCAGCUUAUCAAAUAUCCCUUAAUCGACUCGUCGAACAGCUAGACGUUCAUCAUGGAUGUGAAUCUGACCAUCUCUCUUAUGCGCGGCCAGAUGGGCGCCGUCAUUGAGAAAGCGGUGAACGUGGCGGUGGAGACCGUGUUGGGGGAGAUGAUCCGAGUGGUCGGCCUCAAGUUUGAGGAGAUCAAACGGGAGAUGAACACGAAAGAGAAGGAAAACGAGAACAUCAGGAGGAUGUUGGAGACGUCCCGCAGUCAGAUGAAAACAAUGCGCAAGUACAUCACCGUGCUGACUGCUAAAGAUCAAAACAGACUGUACCACGGAGAUAUGACACAAUCAGUAGGCGUGCAUACCCAAAGAGGGCCAACAAGCACGGUGUCAAUGUGUACAAAAGCCUCAAACCCGUGCAUCCGACCUAGAGUUACUGAACCUGCCCCUGUUGCCGGACCUUCAUGGGUUAGACAGCAUAUGCACGUGUCUAAACCUCAAAAUAUACAGGAGCCAAUGAGAAGUGAGAAUCAUAUUGGUGAUAUCCAUAUUGAAGAGAUCCAUGGCUCAUCAGCCCACAAAGCAGUUGAUCAUUCAAGCCAUCAACUGGUGGACAGUCAAGGCCUUCUAUCUGAGACUAGUGAUCCAAUAUGGGGUCAAAACCCUCUGACUUCAGCAGACACUGAGCACACAGACAUGCCAGACACCGGUAUGCUCUCGACAUCUAUGAUGACUGAUGAUCCAUCCCAAACUGCAGUCAGAAUGAACUUUGGAGCACCAUCACUUAAGAUCAAAAAGGAGGAGCCUGAGGUUGAGAUUGUCUGUGUGAAGGAUGAACCCUCAGAGGCAGCCAGCAGUUCAAGAUUCGAAUAUCCCAACCAUGAACUUCAACAACAAGUGGGAGAACCUGACCUUGGGGUCCCACUAGAUCUACCUGGAUCCUUUCAGGCUCUUCAAAGUCCAAGCACCUCAGCAGAACUUACAAUCCCAGCCUUUGUCGGUUUGGACCCAUCCACCUAUGAUGACUCCCAGCUGUCCGUUGCAGGUGUCCAAAAACAGGUGCGUCCGAGGCGCAAGGACCUUAAUCUGUAUGAUGAAUUUAAACGCACCCGGACUCAGCUGAGAGGGCGCAACGCAAACCGAGGGCGUAACACAAACAGGCGGCGUGAAGUGGAGCAGACACUACCGCAGGCUCUUCUGGCAGACCUGGUAAGGGAGAGAAGGGAAAAAACCCGCCUUCGAGUGGCCCGCUGGCGUGCCAAGCGCAAAUUACAAGCCUGCUUGAUGGCCUCACAGGCUGCGCAAUUCAACGGCGGUCCCGCGCAGGGCACACCCGCCCAGCACGCUGGCCUGAUUCCCGUCCGGAGGCGAGGCGGGAUGACGGGGCAGCGCGGUGGGCUUGCGUUCAGAAGGGGAAUCUCUGAGACUGGAACUUAUAAUCUGCUUUUGCAGCUGGGACCGAGUUCAUCGCAGUCGCACGGCAUAAAUGAGGAUCCGAUCCAGCCGGGAUCUCAGCACAGAACGUCUGGAUCAAUGUAUCAAUGAUAAAGUUUAGCUCCAUCUCUAUUUAAACACACCUGAACAAGCUAAUGAAGGUCAAUCAUGAAAAAUAUGGUUAGGGUUGGGCCCUUCAGGUGAAGUCGAAGCGUUGGCGGAGUUUCACAAAGGUUGUUGUCAAAUCAAAAGCAAAGCAACCAUUUUCCCGAAACUAUGAACACAAACGCCAAGUCAUACGCUGUGCACACAUCGGAAAUGGAGACAUGCUAAAUACCCAUUGCUCAUGCAGUAUCUGCAAGCAUGACGACAACAUCUUCCUGUGAUGCCUCUCUUGUUUUCAGAAACACCUCAGCACAUUUUAUUCACGUUUAUUUAAAUGAAGCGGAAUUAGACUGUUCUGGUAAUAUGAUACAUUCGUCGAUUACUGUUACUACACCGGUUUCGUACUGUCACAUUUCUAAUAACAAUUUGGUUAUGCUGGCUCUUGUUUACUGUAAUUAUGAUCCGAGAAGCCUUAGUAGAAAUGCAGCAUUAUAUGGGCAGAUGGUAGCAUGAUGAUAGCACAUCAGGGUUAAAGACAAGGUAAAUGUUGACGUGAUGAUUGGUCCAUCUUCAAGUUAAGCCUCAACUUGACUUUAGUGGGCCUAUUUUUUCUUAAAAUUGACAUGACAACUAUACGGCCUGACUGUUUGCAUUAGUUGGUGAUUAAUAAUUGCUGAAUGUCAGUGUUUCUAAAUGAGUAUUCGGUGUGCAUUAACAGAUUAGCUUGUUAGAUUUUGAACAGAUUGGCAGUUUACCAGCUGCAUAUGUGAAGGAGCAGAUAGAGUUUUUAGUUUCAGGAAACGGUUGUGGUUGGUAAUUUUUUUCUAACAGAAUAUUAAACAAUAAAAGUUUCAGUAUUAGAGAGAAAAGAAAACAAAGAGGUUGCUUAGUUUUGGUAGUGUUUUGCUUAUGUUUACUUUUUGGAAACGCUUUACAAUAAGGUUUCUAGAAUAGUUAACUACAUUAGUUAACAUGGACUAACAAUAAGCAAUACUUCUACAGAAUUUAUUGCUUUUAGUAAAUGUCACUUACUAUUUUUUAAAUCAAAAAUUUCUAUCAGGUAACAGUAAAGGGAUAGUUCACCCAAAAAUGAAAAUUCUAUCAUUAUUUACUCACCCUCAUGUUGUUAACUUACAAACCUGUAUACAUUUCAUUGUUCUGAUAAACACAAAGGAAAUAUUUUGAGUAAUGUUUGUGACCAAACCGUUCAUGGACCCAAUUCACUUCCAUAGUAGGAAAAAAUACUAUGGAAGUAAAUAGAGUCCACAAACGGUUUGGUUACAAACAUUUCUCAAAAUAUCUUUAUGUUCAUCAGAACAACAAAAUUUUUUACAGGUUUGUAACAUCAUGAGAUGGAGAAAAUGAUGACAGAAUUUUCAUUUUUGGGUGCACUAUCCCUUUAAUUUAACAUUAAUAAAUGUCGUAAAAAUAUGUUGCUCAUUGUUAGUUCAUGGUAGCUAAGGCAUUAACUACUAUAAAACUUUUUUAAAGUGUUACCCACUUGACUACAACAUAACUUACAAAAAGUGCAUUAAAGGUACAAUUGUUUUAUAUUAAGAAAUAAGAGAAGUUGGAGCUUUAAAGGUGCAGUGUGUAAAUUUAAGCGGCAUCUAGUCCACCGCACACCCAACUCUUUGAACUAGCUCCAUAGAGAAGUUACGGUGGCCGGCACAGGACAAACAUGUCAUCGUCUGAGACAGCAAAAGUGUAGCCAGUCCAGCAAUUAGGGUUUCUUUACAAAGAUAAAUUGAGAAAUUAUAGUAAAAUGAUGUUAUUACAAAUGUUAUUGUUGCUUGUUCAUUACUGUUCACUAUGCAAGGUCUUAAUACACCACUGAUAAUGUAGUUAUGUUUAUUAAAUUGCAUUUCUGUCAAUAAAUCCUAAAAUUUACACAGUGCACCUUUGAAAGGGCCACUCCAGUUUUUUUUUUUUUGAAAAUAUGCUAAUUUUCCAGCACCCCUAGAGUUAAACAUUUGAUUUUUACCGUUUUGGAAUCCAUCCAGCCGAUCUCCGUGUCUGGCGCUAGCACUUUUAGCAUAGCUUAGCAUAAUCCAUUGAAUCUUAUUAGACCAUUAGCAUUGAGAUAAAAAUGACCAAAGAGGUUCAAUAUUUUAUCCUAUUUAAAACUUGACUCUUCUGUAGUUACAUCGUGAACUAAGACCGACAAAAAAUUUUAAAGUUGCAAUGGUUACCAAGGGGACUAUUUUCGGGUGUUGCGUAAUAUUAUUGCGCCUGCUGCAGCCAUGUUACAGCAGCAAAGUCCUUGAUUUUUACGCCAGAAUGAGAGUAUUGUUUCUAUAUCGGCCUAGAAAAUAGCAACUUUUAAUUUUCCAUCGAUCUUAGUAAACGAUGUAACUACAGAAGAGUCAAGUUUUAAAUAGGAUAAAAUAUAGAAACUCUCUGGUUAUUUUUUAGCACGAUGCUAAUGGUCUAAUCAGAUUCAAUGGAUUAUGCUAAGCUAGCUAAAAGUGGUACCCCCAGACCCGGAAUUCACCUGAAUGGAUUCCAAAAGGGUAAAAAUAAAAUGUUUAACUCUAGGGCAGAUGGAAAAUUAGCAUAUUUUCCAAAAAAGUGGAGUGUCCCUUUUAAGGAACAUACAUAACUUAAACAGUAAAAUAGUCCAAAUGUAAUAUCUGUAAAUCAAAACUACAUCUACAUGAAUUACUUAAACAUGAGCAUUAAUUAUAGAAUAUGAUUAAAACACAAUGAUAUUACCCAGUACACUGUUUCACAAAGCCUAUGAAGUACACUAAAACAUUUAUACUGCUUUUAAGGACGUACUCGCUUGUUUUAUAUAAUUGUUGUAUUUAUGUAAGUGUUCAUUCAUUCAAAUCUCUGUAAUAGGAUAGGUUUAAUAUAGUUUACACUAAGUAGGAUGUGAUAAACACUUUUAGCUUCCUACAGUUAUAAACUGAUUAUUAUUUAAUAUUCAGUGUCCUGAUUGUCUGUGGUCUUAUGCAGUUAAAAUGUUAUUAAACUAUUAAUGUUGCAGUA